AUGGCCCGGCUGGUGCUUCAAGGCACACUGCUGUGCAUACUGCGCAUCGGAUUAAGCACCCUGGACUCCGAGGGCUUCCUGUCCCCUGCGCCUCAUAACUGCCCCUACAAAUGUGUCUGUGCUGCCGACCUCCUGAGCUGCGCCGGCCUGGGGCUGCAGGAUGUGCCGGGCGCGUUACCAGCUGCAGCUGCAGACCUCGACCUGAGCCACAAUGCGCUGCAGCGCCUGCGCCCCGGCUGGUUGGCGCCCCUCUCCCGGCUCCGCGCCCUGCAUUUAAAUCACAACGAGCUGGAUGCGCUAGGUCGGGGAGUUUUCACCAAUGCCAGCGGCCUGCGGCUGCUCGAUUUAUCAUCUAAUGCCCUGCGGGCCCUGGGCCGCCACGACCUCGACGGCCUGGGGGAGCUCAAGAUGCUGCUUCUGUUCAAUAACCGCCUGGCGCACUUGGACGAGCAGGCCUUCCACGGCCUGGGCGUGCUCAGUCGUCUCUACCUGGGCUGCAAUGAACUUGCGUCCUUCUCUUUCAAUCACCUGCAUGGCCUGGGCACGACCCACCUACGUACUCUGGAUCUCUCCUCCAACCACCUAGGACGCAUCCCUGUACCUGACCUGGCUUCACUGCCAGCCUUUCUCAAGAACGGCCUUUACUUGCACAACAACCCAUUACCCUGUGACUGCCGUCUCUACCACCUGCUGCAGCGCUGGCACCAGCGGGGGCUCAGCGCUGUGAGCGACUUCGCGGGUGAGUACACGUGCCUGGCCUUCAAUGUACCCACCUUCCGCGUGCGCUUCUUUGAGCACAGCCGUGUCUUUGAGAACUGCUCAGCUGCCCUGGCUCUGGGCCUAGAGCAACCUGAAGAACAGCUGCAUGUGCAGGUGGGGCAGUCCCUGAGGCUACGCUGCAACACCAGCACCCCAGCCGUGCACGUUGCCUGGGUCUCACCGCAGCAUGAGCUGCUUGUGGCACCAGGAUCUCGCAAUGGCAGCAUCGCAGUGCGGGCCGAUGGCAGCCUGGCCAUCAGCAACGUGCAGCCAUGGCACGAGGGUGUCUUUGUGUGCCUGGCUACCGGACCCCACCUGCAUCACAACCAGACACACGAGUACAACGUGAGCGUGCAUUUUCCACACCCUGAGCCUGACACUUUCAACACGGGCUUCACCACGCUGCUGGGCUGCGCCGUGGGCCUGGUGCUCGUGCUGCUCUAUCUGUUCGCGCCACCCUGCCCCGGCUGCCACAGCUGCUACCAUCGCACCUGCCACUGCCGCCACUGGCCCCAAACACCCAGCCCACUCCAGGAGCUGAGCGCACAGUCCUCAGUGCUCAGCACCACGCCACCCGAUGCACCGAGACGCAAGGCCAGUGUCCACAAACACGUGGUCUUUCUAGAGCCUGGCAGGAGAAGCCUCAAUGGUCGUGUGCAGCUAGCGGUAGCUGAAGACUUUGAUCUCUACAAUCCCACGGGCCUGCGGCUCAAGGCUGGCUCUGAGUCCACUAGCUCCACAGGCUCUGAGGGUCUGGUGAUGACCUAGGCUGCUCAGGGGCCUCACCGAGGCCACUGCCUGCCUGCUGCUUGCCCUGCUUCCUGCUGCUGCCCAGAGAACUGCCAGAUGCUGGUGGGAAGCACUGGGCUUGGUCCUCCAGCCUCCUGUGUGGGCCUCGACAUAAACCACAGCAACCCCACUCACUGGUAGAGGGGCUGAAGUCCCCAACUCUCUCCUGCUUCUCCCCAGCAGCACAGGACCAAAACAUCCCAGGACCUAGCAAGGCCUACCUGUGCCCACAUGAGGACUGGAACCGAGGACCAUCUGGAAGAGCCCUUGCAUUAGAGCCCCAGGUUCACCCGCAGGGGCUAAGGCAGCCAUCAAGGAGAGUGGUGGUGAAGAACUGAAGCAUGACCACCUUCUGCUUCCCAAGGGGAUGGGAGUGGCCCACAGGGGAAAAGGAAGAGGACUUCAAAGGAAGACUGAGUCCCCACCCUGAGGGUGGAAAGAGGAAUUACAAGCCCUCCCUCUGGUGAAAUGCGACUCCCCACGCACCAACAUUCAAGCUACUUGAAGCUUCACGAGUCCAUGCAGUCUGGUGAGAAGGCAACCAGCAGGCAAGGCUCCUUAAGAGACCAUCAGGGGCAUCACAGGCCACUCUGAGGGCAGAGCCACUCCCAUGGGCUCGCAAGACAACGGUAAGGGGCACCAAUGGCCUGUUCCCCCAGCUUUUCAUCAGUAAAAAGCCUGCUGAGCGUGGCUAAGAUGGGAGGGCCGAGCCGGAACUUGCUGUCUCCCAAGGGUAGAAUCCUCUUAAGGGCUGGCACUGGUAUUGGCCUAAUGGCUGAAGCAGUGCCCUGGCUUCAUAUGCAUCUCACCACUCCCACUGCAGGGAGGCAGGGAAGCGAGGACUGGGAACCCCUCCUGAGUGAGGGCUGAGCUGGGGGGCCCACAAGUGUCCUGGGUCCAGCUAUCAUGGAAUUUCUUAAUAAAGGUAGUACAUGCUCGUCGUUGGAGCCUUCACAGACACAGGUGGCAG